GCAUCGGGUAAACCCUGCUGGAGCAGCGGCUCAGACGGUGCCGGUGGCAGAGGGCUGGGCCAGCACACGGGGACGCUUCCCCAGGCUGGAGGGCUCAGCUGCGGCACCUCCCGCUCUUCGGUGUUUCCGAAGCGGUAAAACCACGCCGCGCCGGGAGCCCCGGGCCGGGGCGCGCAUCCCCCGCUCCCCGCGCUGCUCCCCGCGGCCCACGCGAGGUUUUACCCGCGGGGAGGGCCCCGAGGGCAGAGCCCGGCAGCGAGGCGGGCCCGAGGCGGGGCGGGGCCGCCCUCCCGGUAGUGGCGGCGGGAUGCGGCUGCCGGAGCUGUGCCUGGUGCUCCUCUCCGCCGCCGCCACCGGCACCGAACCCCCGCGGGCGGCCCGGGAGCGGCCGCUGGCCCCGGCAGCAGCCGCGGGACGUGGGGGGCCCGGGGCGGCCCGCGUGGACCCCCGGCAGGCGUGGAUGCUGCUGGCCGGGAGCCCCGGGAGCGGCGAUCGGGGCCGCGGCGGCUCCGGGGCUCACCCGGCACCGGCGGGCGCCGGCUCCCCGGGAAAGCCGAGCCCCGGCGGGCCAGGGGCUGCCCCGGCCGCCCUCGCGGUGCCGGAGCAGCUGCUGAGAGAGCUGCAGCUCCUGCUCAGAGGCGUGGCAAAGAUGUGCAGGACAGCUGGGGAAGGGUGGAAGGAGGAGGAAAGCAGCAAAGGCAACCCCCAGGCCGGGGCCCAGCGUCGUGUGGAGGCAGCCUUCCAUUGCCAAACGCGUGAAGACAUUCCCGUGGAGCAGAAGAUGUGGCAGGAGCUGGGGUUGUUCCACAUCCCUGAGAGGGAGGGGAUGUUCCACCGCGGCGCAGGGCUGAACCUGAGCAGCGGGCAGUACACGGCGCCCAUGGCAGGCUACUACGCCUUCAGCAGCACGCUGCACAUCGCCGGGCGCUCCGGCGGCCCCGCGGCCCCGCUGGGGCCGGCUCGGAGCCCCCGCCCCGCCGCAGCGCGCAGGGAGCCGCGCACCAAGGGCCGGGCAUGCCGAGGGAGCCGCCUGCGGGUGCUCAUCUGUGUGCAGUCCCGCUGCCAGCACAACAGCCGUCUGGAAGCCGUGUCCCGCCUGGAGAGCAGCGGUGACCAUUUCACCAUCUCUGUCACGGGCACCCUGUACCUGCAGUGCCAUUCUGCUGGGAGUGUGAAGAGGCACCGUGCUGAACCUGUGCCAGGGGCAGCCAGACCCCUCCCUGUGCCAGGCACCAUCGUGUCUCCCCUGCUCAGCACCCAGCCCAAGGAACACAACUGGCUCAUGCAGGAAACUGCAGUCUGGUCCAGUACUGCUCGUGCUGCAGAAUCAGCUGAAGAUGGACAGAAGAUCAUGAGUAAGAUGAUGAUAAUGAUGAUGGUGAUAAUAAAGCAGCCUGACUAGGACUUGAUGGCAUUCACUUUUA